AUCAAUACAGAGAGUACAGCUUGCUGGAGUGUGAGUGAGGAUCAAUACAGAGAGUACAGCUUGCUGGAGUGUGAGUGAGGAUCAAUACAGAGAGUACAGCUUGCUGGAGUGUGAGUGAGGAUCAAUACAGAGAGUACAGCUUGCUGGAGUGUGAGAGAGGAUCAACACAGAGAGUACAGCUUCCUGGAGGGGACCAUUGUGGAUAAAUGAUGCAGUCAAUGAAUGACACUAGACGAACCCAACAGUAAGACUUUUUGUGCUCGACGUUGAAGUAGGGGAUAAAUUGACUUUGCUGCCGAGCCAUGGCGUGCGGAGGCGAAUUGCAAGGCGUUGAUAUGAACUCUAUACCUCUUGUUGCCCUAAAUUAUUCUGUGAGGCAGCGACUGUCUUUGUAUCUCAAUCCGGGGACUGUGGUGGCUUCAGACUGGACUCAGUUAGCUGAGGAGAUGAAUUAUGACUAUCUCGAAAUACGUAACUUCGAGAGAUCAAAGAACCCGACUCUGACGUUGCUGGAGGAUUGGGAGAAACGGUGCUUCCGUGCCACAGUUGGAGGACUUCUGGAAAUGCUGAAAAAAAUUGAAAGGAACGAUAUUCUCACAGACCUUGCAUCAUUAAUCGAGGCAGACUGUGUGAAGUACCUGCAGAAACAGCGAGAGUUAAGUCUCCCACCUCCUGUACAGGAUGAGACCGUGGACAGCAGUCAGUCACUUGGAAUCACAAUAAGUGAUGAUCCUACUGGCCAGAUACCCGAGCUGUUUGAUGCUUUUAUCUGUUACUGCACCAAAGACAUAUCAUUUGUGCAGGAGAUGAUCACGCGGUUGGAGCAGACUGAUCAUAAACUUAAGCUCUGUGUGUUCGAUCGCGAUGUCCUCCCAGGAACAUGUUUAUGGUCCAUAACCAGCGAACUUAUUGAAAAAAGGUGUAGGAAGAUGGUCGUAAUAAUAUCGGAUGAUUACUUGGACAGCAAAGAAUGUGAUUUUCAGACAAAAUUUGCACUGAGUCUUGGUCCAGGUGCCCGUGAGAAACGCCUGAUUCCGGUGAAAUAUAAAACGAUGAAGAGGCAAUAUCCCAGCAUUCUGAGUUUCAUCACAGUGUGUGACUAUACCAAUCCCUGCACACAGGUCUGGUUCUGGCAGAGACUCGCUAAGGCUCUCAAAAACUAAUCUACAGGAUGGACUUUUCAUUGCUGCAAGGGAGUCAUGUCGUGAUCCUUGACAUUAAGAGAAAAUAUAUUUUUAUUUGUUGCACAAACUUCUUCCACCGAAAGGCCACUAUUUUGAUAUAAUUACAUUUUUUUCUUUUUAAAUCCAAACUUUAUUAAUCAAAUGAAUUGCAAUGUCUGAUGUUGACUACUCUAGGUAAUGGUACACCAGACCAGUGUAGAUGUAGUUUCUUAUGAUGCUUGGGAAGAUGGCCAGACAUCAUGGUUAACGUAGUUUACAACCAUCUGGGAAAUCUCUCUUCUAGGUGAAUAAUCUAUGUCUGUCUUUUCCUCUUACAUACCUGAUACUCCAGCUUAAAUUUAAAGGUUCUGUGUGUGCAAACGG